AUAUGUAAUCGAUUGAAGUGGUAGGUAAGUCUUAAAAUAAAAUAAAAACUCAAAAAAAAAAAAAAAAAGCAUAACCUUGGAAAAAAGUGGAGAAGCACAUGGAAUGAAAAGAGGGGGUUUAAUUAUAAAUAGACAAGAAAAGGAAAGCCUUUUCUGUUCCUCCUUUCCCCACCAUAUAUAUAUAUAUUUCUUACAGAGAAGUUGACAUUCUUGCUUUCACAGACAAACAGCACACACUACUUCUCUGAAAUAAACUCCUCUUUCCUCUACCUUCAUUUUCUUUCUCUCUCAACAGAUAAUUAAUUAAACCUAAGAAGAAGAAGAAGAAGAAGAAGCUAAUUAAUUAAGACUUCAACAUCUGUACAGUAACAUUUUGAAAGUGUAAUGAAAUAUACACAGACCAUGAAGUCUCGCUCUUCUAAGAACCAAGCGGAGAGAGAACUUGAACAGAGCAAAAGUUGGGUUGAAACGUGUUGUUUGGGUUGUUCGUGCCUGCAGCUGUUUUGGCCGAGAAUCGUUGUGCGUAAAUUGCUCAAUAUCACUGCUAGAGACUCUGAUUAUAGUGCUGACAGUGAUACUGAUGAUGAAGACUCUGAUUAUGCUUCUGAUACUGAAGAAUUGCCGGUGUCCAGGAGAGAAUCACGGUUUAAAGCUAACAAAAUAGAGGAUCCCCAGGUUGAUCCCAGCAACGAUGCUCUUCCAUUAUUAAGGAGGCGAAAAUCAGAAACGUUUAGGAAACAGUAUAUAAGCACAAAGGAACUCAGAGUAUCCGUUGGUACAUGGAAUGUUGGAGGAAAACUUCCACCUGAUGACCUAGAUAUUGAUGAUUGGAUUGAUACUAAUGAACCUGCAGACAUCUAUGUGUUCGGUCUUCAGGAGAUUGUACCAUUGAAUGCUGGGAAUAUAUUUGGUGCUGAAGAUAGCCGCCCAGUUCCGAAGUGGGAAAGUAUUAUCCGUGAUACACUAAAUAGAAUUCGACCUACAAGGACCAAGGUUAAAUGCUAUAGUGAUCCCCUAUCUCCAUCAAAGUUUAAGCCAUCUGAUGAUGCGCCAGAUAUAGAAGAGGAGAUGCUAUUUGAAAGUGAUAGUGAUAUUGGAGAGGAAAUUCAUCCAUUGGAUGAAGAACCUGACUGUUUGGAUGAAGUUGAAGAUCAAUCAGAUGUAGGUGACAUGCGUAUGAAUUCUGGCGUUGCAGUCGAAAGUAGUGGUAAAUUAGGUGUUCCCGUAGAACAGGAGUUACAGAGACAAUUUUCUUCUCCAAGGAGAUUAAAUAGAUUAAAUUGCUUGCGGACAGAGGAUUCUGCUGGAGAUGUUGAAGCACCAGCAGGUGAUAACAGUCGUAAAUUAACCAAAAUGCUUAGCUGCAAUGACAGGAUUGGUUUGACCUGGCCAGAAACCCCAUUAAACUUGCUGUCUCAGCAUGUUUUACAGAGACCGACUUCCUUCAAAGCAAUGAAGUCUUUUAGAGCAAGCAAGUCUUUUGGAACAUAUAAUUCUUUCAAGUCAGUCACAAAUGACAUGCAAUCAGAAUUAGCUUUGCUUGCAGAAACUGACCUUGAAGCUCUUAUGAAACGUAAAAGAAGAUCAUCAUAUGUAAGGAUAGUAAGUAAGCAGAUGGUUGGGAUUUUUCUCACAAUUUGGGUUCGUAGGAGCUUGCGCAAGCACAUUCAGAAUGUGAAAGUGUCUACUGUUGGUGUCGGUGUCAUGGGCUACAUCGGUAACAAAGGAGCAAUAUCAGUCAGCAUGUCUAUAUAUCAGACUCUUUUCUGUUUUAUAUGUACUCACCUCACGUCAGGUGAAAAGGAUGGAGAUGAACUCAAAAGAAAUGCUGAUGUGCAUGAAAUUCAUAGAAGGACUCAAUUUCAUACAUUUCCUGGUAUUGGUCUUCCGAAAGGCAUCCUUGAUCACGAAAGAAUUAUUUGGCUGGGUGAUUUGAACUACCGAAUCAACUUGUCGUAUGAAAAAACACGCGAACUGAUCUCCCAGAAGCAGUGGUCCGAGUUAGUGGAGAAGGAUCAGCUUGUAAGAGAGCUAAGAAAAGGUCGUGCAUUUGAUGGAUGGACAGAGGGUGCACUAAAAUUUCCACCAACUUAUAAGUACGAGAUGAAUUCAGACAAAUAUUAUGGAGCAGAUCCAAAGGCUGGGAGGCGUGUGCCAGCAUGGUGUGAUCGCAUUCUGUCAUACGGAAAGGGAAUGAGGCUUCUGAGUUACGGGAGAACAGAGCUCAAGCUUUCAGAUCAUCGACCUGUAGCAGCCACAUAUAUGGCUGAAGCUGAAGUAUUCUGUCAUAGGAAGCUACAGCGGGCACUCACAUACACGGAUGCAGAGAUAGAAAACGAGGAAGUCAUAGAAGCAAGCUUAGAUGUUGGAAUGGGUCACUUGAGAUUGGAGCAGGAUAUUUCUCUAUGGGAGCGUUAAGAGACCGCCAAAUACAACGCCUAAAGUAGAUGAGAGUGAGAGCCUUGUCAUUCUUUGUUAUCAAUAUCAACUUUGAUUCAUUCAUUUGAUUUUGCCAUUUGUUUCACCUUACUGUAUGCGCCAGUUGUUGUGCUAUUGUGCUAAUGGCAGUGGUUUUACCUAAUAGGGCUCGUAGAAAGAUUUAGAAGGAAUAUAUGAAGGGUUUAUACGUGUAAAUUAAUGUAUGUAAUACGUAUUUAGAGAUCAAUCCCCUAUCCUAGAUGGGUAGAAAAUUCCAAACUCAUGGGCUGCUGAUGUUGUAAAAAAGAAAUAGGGUUUUACAGUAAUAAUGCACGAAUUUCUUUUAAAUUGCUGCUGCUAUGUUAGGUUUAUUUAUUUGCUAUCAUUUCUUGUAACCAAUCUUAAUAUGAAAUGUAAAAACUCUCUUGCUCUUUGCCCUUUUA